AUGCCUACUACAGUAGUACAAGUUUAUAUGCCAACUACCUCUGCAGAUGAUGAAGAAAUAGAUGAAAUGUAUGACGAGAUAAAAGAAAUUAUUCAGGUAGUGAAAGGAGACGAAAAUUUAAUAGUCAUGGGUGACUGGAAUUCGUCAGUAGGAAAAGGGAGAGAAGGAAACAUAGUAGGUGAAUAUGGAUUGGGGGGAAGGAAUGAAAGAGGAAGCCGCCUUGUAGAAUUUUGCACAGAGCAUAACUUAAUCAUAGCCAACACUUGGUUCAAGAAUCAUAAAAGAAGGUUGUAUACCUGGAAGAAUCCUGGAGAUACUAGUAGGUAUCAGAUAGAUUAUAUAAUGGUAAGACAGAUAUUUAGGAACCAGGUUUUAAAUUGUAAGACAUUUCCUGGGGCAGAUGUGGAUUCUGACCACAAUCUAUUGGUUAUGAACUGCAGAUUGAAACUGAAGAAACUGCAAAAAGGUGGGAAUUUAAGGAGAUGGGACCUGGAUAAACUGAAAGAACCAGAGGUUGUAGAGAGUUUCAGGGAGAGCAUAAGUGAACAAUUGACAGGAAUGGGGGAAAGAAAUACAGUAGAAGAAGAAUGGGUAGCUCUGAGGGAUGAAGUAGUGAAGGCAGCAGAGGAUCAAGUAGGUAAAACGACGAGGGCUAAUAGAAAUCCUUGGGUAACAAAAGAAAUAUUGAAUUUAAUUGAUGAAAGGAGAAAAUACAAAAAUGCAGUAAAUGAAGCAGGCAAAAAGGAAUACAAACGUCUCAAAAAUGAUAUCGACAGGAAGUGCAAAAUGGCUAAGCAGGGAUGGCUAGAGGACAAAUGUAAGGAUGUAGAGGCUUGUCUCACUAGGGGUAAGAUAGAUACUGCCUACAGGAAAAUUAAAGAAACCUUUGGAGAGAAGAGAACCACUUGUAUGAAUAUCAAGAGCUCAGAUGGCAACCCAGUUCUAAGCAAAGAAGGGAAGGCAGAAAGGUGGAAGGAGUAUAUAGAGGGUUUAUACAAGGGCGAUGUACUUGAGGACAAUAUUAUGGAAAUGGAAGAGGAUGUGGAUGAAGACGAAAUGGGAGAUAAGUAA